UUGGCUCGUGUGAGCAUAAUUUCAGGCAAACAAAACACCAAAAAGUAUGAAACGUUAAUAGCGGUAGUCAGACAUAACCUAUCCAAGAUGAAUACAUGCGGAUAUCUCCCAAUACUCGGUGUUUUAUUGUUGGCUUUUCAUGGUGUUUUCUGUAGCGAAUUUGCCGAGAGUAAAUGUGCUCCGUCGACGUUUAAAUUUCACGACGAGAUUUCAAGUGGCGAUAUUUUUAAGUCGUUUUGGCUGAACCGAAAACAGCGAAGAAGUGUGAAAUUUGUGGGAGAUGGACAACUGAAUAGGCCUACUGCAGAUCAGACACAAACUAAACCGCAAUUUGAAUGCGGUGACCGAGUUUUAACGCUUCUUCUAAAGCAUGUCGAUGUGACCAAUAUCCGAUUUUAUGGACCACAUGGAGACCUGCUUCACUUGGACCAUUUGGUAGCAUUUUGUGGCGUUUCCAUCAAGAAUACAAACAUGGAUAUUCGCCUGCUGUUCAACUAUGAUUCCUGUUAUAUGAGACAAGAGCAAACCAAAUAUGUAUUAUCUCUGAGCUGGUAUGGGGCAGAUCUUGACCUGUUCUGUCCUGUAAGUGUGACCCCUCCCUCCGUCACGUGUAAGAACAAUGACAUGGAAUUGACUGUUGUUGGUGAUGGAACCGCAGAUGAACUGUCAGUUGCAUUAAAUGGAGAAUGGGCACCUCUGCUUUACGUGGCGACUCAAUGCUGGCACCGGAAGCGGUCUAAGCAGGGAUCUCUCACCUUUUUGGUUCCAUAUACAAGCUGUGGCGUCACCAUCAGAGAUGGUCGUUCUGAUCUGGAAUUUAAAUUAAAAGACCAGAUUAUCACACGGUCCUGUCCUCAUGAGCCAAUACCAGUGUUUCCGGUCACUGACUCGGGGCUUUCUGUGACAAACCAACCACUGCCACAAAGGGAACCCAAUGUAUACCACAAGCCACCAACUGGAUUUCCAACAAAAGCAGCAGCCACUCAGAUAGUGGAGGAGCAAGCAUUUCCUGUUGAGCAACCGGCAAGAAAUGCAGCUAGAACACCCUCUCGACACGGACGUCCUUUGCUGCCUAGAAUACCGUCUUUGCCUGGCUCUUUUAAUCUAGCUGUGAACUUCCCGUUUUCACUUCCCAACCCAACACGGACGGCUCACAGAGACCAUUUAACAAGUAAACCUGUGACUCCUGCACCGACUUAUGCUCCGACCACUGAUCCUACUGUUCCGAGCUCCGAGUUCAGCUCCAAUAUUGAAAAUGGACCGUCCCAUGUCUCUUAUGAGCAGAUGCAACCGGAACUUGCUGAUCCGGUCACUAAGGCUCCUAAACCUGAAUCUCACUACAUGCAGUAUCCAUAUAAUUUUGAAAAACCUACUUCAACAACUCCUCAAACUGAGCCUUCUCCUGCUCCAGAAUAUCAACUUUCAAGAGUGUCUGUCCCUAGUGCUGCACUGUAUCAGUGGUAUGGGUCGGCUCAGAACUUUCCUAAACCUAAUCCACUUAAAGUAAAUCCUGCUUUUGCCAGCUUGGCACAGAAUAUUCCACCUGGUUAUUUCCUAUGCUCUUAUGACGAUCAACAACUGCAGAUUCACCCACAGAUGUUUCAGCCUCCUGUUCCAAAUCCGCCAUUGCAGUAUCAAAAUCCUAGUUAUCAAAAGCCUGACAUUACUCCGCUUGCAACUGUUAAUUCUGAUACACCUCCCAUGAAAGAAUACUCGGAACAUCAACUGACUAGUGCUGUUGCUUCUAGCGCCCUUGAUUCUGGUGUCCCACUUUUCCAGCCAACUCAACGUUUCCAGCCUCCUCAGUACCAGCAGUACUUUUACCAAAGUAGUUAUGGUCGUAAAGGUUCCUCCACACCCUUAUCACCUACUUCUCAGCUUAUUCCCAUAAAUAUGCAAUCUCAAACAAGGCCAUAUCCUCCUUAUCCUGCUUCUCAAGAUUCAAGACCCUUCCAGCCACAAUAUUACCAAAAGCCUAGUCAACCUUAUGGGUCAGUCCAACAGCCUUGGUCAACCAGUUACUUUCCUGUUAAAGGAUCGUCUCAAGAGUUGAGACCAUUUGUGUCCACUUCAAGCCAGACACCCGAGUAUCUCCAGUAUCAGACUGGUGGAGACCAAUCUCCAAGUCCGUAUCAGAGGUCUGUUGUCCAUACCCCUGGCACAGGGAUCUCAAGUCGUUCACAAUACCAGCCCAGUCGGUUUUCCAAACUCCCAUAUCCACCAUUGAGACCAGAGGUGCUUUCAGGUGAUGUUUCCACCGAAAAUACUGGAUCUAGACCUGUAGGAUUUUUACAGCCACGGUUCAAAGCUUCAAUUCCAAGGCCACCUGUGCACCUUCCUUUACUGAAAAAAACUGAGGCACAAGUUGCACAACUUCCUUACAGUCAGGGUCCUUCAUUUGGGUACAUGCAGAAUCCUAAUAUCCACUCUGAAAGGCCAGGAGAACCAAGAAGUCGGAAGCCUCAGAAUGACACCCUGCCACUGCACCAAUUCUUCAGACGGGCAAGAAUACCAAAGGAUGUUUAUGUGCCCCCACACUUCAGGUCUACCUCAGAGAAAUAAGUGCAAUUGGCAAAAAAGGCACCACACUCUGGUAUUUUGGGAGGUUUUGUUAACUUGUUUUCAAGCUUUCAAUAAAGUGUGAAAGUGACUUGAUAAAACUGUUCCAUUGAUAAUGCAAUAAAUAUUUUGUAA